UAAUAUCAAAUCUUUGCCUGAAGAAGCUAAAGUGGAGUGGACAGACAAGGAUAACAGGAAGGUCCAGGUGUAUCACAACACCUCUGACCUUAAUGAAUUACAGCAUCGUUUUUACAGACACCGAACAGAGAUGAAUGAAGGUCUCAUCAAAGCUGGAGAUCUUAAUUUAACACUAAAACACCCGACAGACUGGGACAGUGGCAUCUACACCUGUACUGUCUACAACAGGUAUAGAAUGAUCCGGAUGAAGAAACAAGUGGAGCUGAAAGUCAGAGUCUGUCAGGUAGAGGUGGAGGAGGGGGAGGAGUCUGUUCAGCUGCCCUUCAAAACCACAAAAAACCUGCCUGAAGAUGCUAAAGUGGAGUGGAGACACUAUGAACCAUUUAGGACCGUUUAUGUGUAUCAAAACGGCUCUGACCAGCCUGACAAACAGGACCAAGUUUAUGUGGACCGAAUACAGAUGAAUGAAGACCUGCUGAAAACUGGAGACCUCAGUCUGACCCUGAAACAGCCCACAGUGACAGACAGUGGAGAAUACAGAUGUGAAGUGGACAGCACACAGAUCUACAGAUACAAAACUGUGCUGCUCAAAGUCAAAGGGAGAGUUCAGGUCCAGGAUCAAACAGGGGACAUCAGGAACAGAAGCAGCUCCAUUGAUCCGACUCCUCUGAUGGCUGAUCAAUCAGUUUGAUCUGUGUGUUCUUUGAUUAUUGAUCAGUGUCGUAUGUGAUACUGAAU